CAUAGAGGCAAUCAAGUAAUUCACGAGAUACCAAAAGGAUUUGUCCGUAUGUAUCACAUUCUGUAGCGAUGAAGAGAUCAGACUGUAAGGCAGACAUGUGAGAGAUGAGAGGAUCCUAUAAACGUUGUAGAAACUCUGAUCUCUAAUUUCUCUUUCUUAAUAUAUAUAUAUAUAUAGAAGAAAAACCGUAGGGCAAGAGGAGAAGAAGCUAAAAAUUUGAAGGAUGGUUUCGAGGGAAUACAAGAGAGAUUCCUCUCUUCGUGAAAAGUUUCAAUUGCUUCGUUCAAUUACUAACUCUAAUGCUGAAAGUGAAACCUCGAUCAUAGUGGAUGCAUCAAAAUAUAUCAAAAAGCUUAAGCAGAAAGUUGAAAAAAUCAACAAUGAGACCACGUCUGAGAAAUAUUUCUGUGAUCCUACCGGUCACAUGGUUACAGUGGAAACCCUAGAGAAGGGAUUCAUGAUAAAAGUAAUGUCAGGGAAGAAUGAGGCAGGCUUGUUGGUUUGUGUUCUUGAAGCCUUUGAGGAUCUUGGACUUGAGGUUGUUGAAGCUAGGGUUUCAUGUAUGGACUCAUUUAGCUUGCAUGCCAUUGGUUCAUCAAAUAAUGAUGAUUGUGAAAGCAUGGAUGGUGAAUCGGUGAAACAGGCAGUUGCAGUGGCAAUCAGGACCUGGAGUGAUAGCCAUGAUCCAAAAGGAUAAUAUAGAACAUUCGAUUCACAUCAAUAGCACAUCGCAAAGAAGAAGAAAAGAAGGAGGAUGAAGAAUAUGAAGAAAGAGAGGGAGAGGAAGAGGAAGAGGAAAAGAAGAUAAAGGAGGAAGAAAACCUCGUUGGCUUGCAUAUAUGGAAGUCCUUAAGUUUUUCUUAAAUAUAUAAGUUAUAACUGGUAUGCUAUUUUUAUGAAUGAAAUCAUGUGGAAUUAGUCACU